AUGCCGGCCCGGGCCCGGGCCCGUUCCAGGGCUGUUCCUCAGCUGCGGCUUUGCCCUCGCCCAGCCCGGGGGGCCCUGAGAGCGCGGGGCGAGGCGGUGCCGUGUGCAGAGCCCGCCCCUCGCUGCGAUUGGCCGGCUGUGCCCGGCGCCAUUGGCGGAGCGUCUGUGCGGGCCCGGGAGCGGCGGCAGCGGCCGGAGGCCGGGGAGGCGGCAUUGGCGGAGCUGGGAGGCGGCCCCGGCGCAGGGCUACAGUCAGCAGACGUGUGCAGCGCAGCCAAAAUGAUCCAGCACGUGGUUGCUGCAGUUUGCACGCUGUACUCUGUGGCGUAUUCGGGGUAUUUUUUAACCCACUUGGCACGGCACCUCAUGUGUGGAUCCCGAGCAGCUCCUCCUUCGGGCACAAAAGCAGCACCAGCACCUCCUCUGGCUCCCUCUGCUUCCAAAGAGGAGGCCAAAGAGGAGGAAGAGAGCAGUGAGCUUCCCGCUGUUCUGGGGGACGAUGGUGAACUUCCCUCAGUGCCGGGAGAUGAGGGUGAGCUUCCCGCUGUUCUGGGAGACGAGGGCGAACAUCCCGCGGUGUGGGAAUACAACGGCGAGGCUCCCGCGGUGGGGGACAAGGACAGUGGACAUCUCCUGGCGUGGGACGAGGACGGUGGAUGUCCCCUGGUGUGGGACGAGGAUGGCCAAGCUCCCAUGGUGUGGGACGAGGACUACAGACAUCUCCCGGUGUGGGAUGAAGACAGAGCACAUCCUGUGGCUUGGGAAGAUGAGGAUGAACAUCUCCCGGCAUGGGAAGUGGACAGUGAAUGUCCCCUGGCUUGGAAAGAUGAUGGUGAACCUGCAGCAUUUUGGGAAGAGGAUGGAGAACCUGCCUGUGCUUGGGAAGAGGACACUGAACCUCCCUCGGCUGUGGGAUCCUGGGCUGAACAUUCUGCCAGCAGCACAGCCCUGCAGCCAGAGGGGAGAGGGGAGUGGUGCCUGAUGCAGCUGAGGAACAGUGUGAGCCUGGCGGAGCCUGCCGAGAAAUUCCUGGAAGUGGAGCAGAUUGGCCAAGGCUUCCUUGUUGACGGAGAUCUCUGGCUGGUGAUGGAAUACAUGGAUGGAGGAACUUUGCAGGACGUUGUCAGACAGACAUGCAUGGCUGAAGGAGAGAUGGCAGCUGUCAGUCGGGAGUGUCUGCAGGGCCUGUAUUUCCUCCAUGGGAACUGGGUGAUCCACAGAGAUCUGAAGAGCUCCAACAUCCUUCUGGGAAUGGACGGCUCUGUCAAGCUGGCUGAUUUUGGCCUCUGCGCUCAGCUCAGCCCUGAGCAGGACCAGCGCAGCUCCAUGGUGGGCACUGCUCACUGGAUGGCCCCAGAAGUUGUCACCAGUUCUCCUUAUGGUCCCAAGGUGGACAUCUGGUCCUUUGGCAUUGUGACCAUCGAGAUGGUGGAAGGAGAUCCUCCUUACUUCAAGGAAACGAGGGCCAUGGCCUGUGCUCUGAUCCAGCAGAACGGGACCCCGCAGCUACAGGAGCCCAGGCGCCUGUCAGUUCUGCUGCGGGACUUCCUCGAGUGCAGCCUGGAGCCGGAUGAGGAGCGGCGCUGCUCUGCCCAGGAGCUGCUGCAGCAACCAUUUUUAUCAUCAGCCAAGCCUCUCUCCAGCCUGACCCCUCUGAUCACCACAGCCAAGCAACUGAGGGAGCAGCGGAGGAGAUGAAGCACUGGAGGACAGCUCUUAGCUACAGUAGUUAGUUAGGACAACUAGUUAGUCAUGGGAGUUAGCAGUGCUAGUUAUGGUUAUGGUAGUUAGGACAGCCUGUUUGUUAUGGUUCUUAUGACAGCCUCUUUGGUAGGGCAGUUUUUUGAAUAAAAACUCUCUUAAAACUCAA